GGGCCAGGCGGCUGCCGUGGCGGGAGCGGAGGAGGUUGCUAGCUGGGGCGGCUAUAGGCACUUUCCCCGCUGCGGUGAGCAGCAACCCAGUCAGGGAAAGAAGAGCCACGAGGCCCCUGCAGACUGAAUAAGUCCUGAAAUGGAGAAGGAAUUAGAGGGUCUACAGGAACACAUUAUGGCUAGAUCUGUCCCGUGUGACACCGAGCUUCAAGAACUAAUGCAUCAGAUUGACAUAAUGGUAAACAACAGGAAACGAGAAUGGGAAAAGAAGAUGGAGGCUUUAGAAGUCAGGAUGACCAUCAAGGAUCAAGAACUGGCAAAUACCCAAAGCAGGCUAGAUCAGAAAGGUCAAGAGGUUGGGCUGUUGAAACAGAAGCUGGACAGUUUACACAAGACUGAAUAUGAGAUGGUUCAGAAUUACAACAUAGAGCUCCAGGGCCUGAAAGCUCAGUGUGCCAAGCUGACACAAAGCUACAAAAAGCUACAACUGCACCAAUUAAAACAAAAUAAAACUCAUGGAAAGGGACAAGGAACAGAAAGCCAAGAAACUCCACUUCAACUGAGCAGUUUAAAUCAGAAAUUAGAGGAAUUUAAAGCUAAAUCAAAAGAAUGGGACAAACAAGAAACCCUGUAUCAGAACCGUCUGGUUUCUUUAGAUGCUCAGCGGAAGUCGUUGUCUGAGAAAUGCACUCUGUUUCAGAAACAAGCACAGAAUUGCCAAACCCAGAUACGUGUCCAAACACGACACCAGAACGAGGACGGCCCCUGCAGCCGCUGCAAAACGGAGCGCCUCGGCGUUCAGCAGGACGCUUUCACCGAGCCCACGAAAGGAAAUGAGUUCUUUAUGGACAAACUGAAGUCCACUGUGAGUGAAAUAGCAAUGAGCAGGAACAGGCUGCAAGAGGAAAACCUCAAGCUCCAGCAGGAACUGAAGAUGUGCCAAAGGAAAUGCCAGAAUUUCGAAGCCCGGUUUACGGAGGUGAAAGAUGAACUGCGGUCACGGGAGGAUCUCCUGAACAUGGUGGAACUGGAAUGCCAACAGUUGCAAAAAGAAGUUGCCAAAAUGGAAGACUAUAAAAGUAAGGAAGAUAAUCACGUGAAGCUUCAGUCGGCUUAUGCCCAGUGCAUCAAGGAACUGGAGACCAAAAAAGUUGAGAUGCUUGUCUUGGAACAGAGGUGUGAAAAUCAACAGAAAGAGCUACACCAGAUAAGGGACCGUCUUUAUCAGGAAGCGCAGUCCCAUCGCUCUGAGGUGGAAAGAAUGAGGACAGAAAUCUCUGACCUGACAGGAGAGCUUCAUCAGAAAGAGAUCACUAUAGCAACUAUCGCGGAGAAAGCUGCUCUUCUGGAAAGGCAGUUACAAAUGAAACCGGAGCUAAAAGAGAAAAUGUUAGGGAAACAACAGAUGAUAGAUUUGUCUGAGAAAGAACACAAGGCCCAUUCAGAUUCCACUCACGCGCCGGAGCGGGAGAAUGAAAGUUUACAUGACGAACUCGUUCAAUUGCCAGAGGACCCAGGAGCAUCUUUCCGGGUGAACUUCGUUACAUACUCCAGAAGGAGUUGUGGCGUCCCUACUGCAGUCGUGAUGCAAGAAAAGGAGAGGGAAGGCAUCGACGUUUCCCCGGCAAACUGCUGCCAUAUCAUCAAACAGAAGCAGACAAACCCAAGCUAUUGUUGCGAGCCAGUUCUAACUCCAGGAUCGGUGCAGAAUGAACAUGAAUGGAGAGCGCAGCCUGCAACUUACGAAACCUUCGGCCACCGUGAAACCCAGCUUCCUGCAUGGCAGGGCCAGGGGGACAUUGUCAGCACCGAAAGCAGCGCAAAUUUGCCUCCUCCAAGACCAAGGAAAGAUUAUGAACUUACAACAGAUGGUAGAUCUCCAUCGCCACUAGAGUUAUAUCCUGCAUAUUACAGCAAUUACGUUCCUGAAGGAACGUGGCCUGAUACAUUACUCAGCCAUCUUCACGUUAUGGAAGAAAACCAGAUGCCUUCCCCAGAGACCUCAUUUCCUGCAACCCCAACAGAGAAGUUCCUCCAAGAGGAAGAAAAUCGAGCGAGAGACUUUGAAAAGGUUUUAAACGCACACAUCGAGGAACUGCAAAAGCAGUCAGAGAAUACCCUAAAGAAAUACUCCGGUCUCAAGCAAAGCCGACACGGAUGAGCCUAGGAAAAAAAAAAAUAAACGCUGAGAUGUAAUUACAAUCCCAACACCAGUCCUCCACUCUACCAUUUAAAAAGUGAUUUACCCUCAAGGCAAAGAAGUGCUUGUAAUGCGAGAUGUUGUGUAUAGUUUGCCUUACAGAUUUCUUUCCAGCGUGAACAUUAUGUAUCGCGGAGUGUAUGGGGUCUAAAAAUACCUGGAAAAUUAUAUAUGAUAGCUUUAAACCUUCAACACAUACACUGAAUAUCCAUAUAUUGUACUAUUAUUUAAAGUGUGCCCUGUUCAUAAAACCCCUUCCAUUGUCGCAUAUUCUGGAGUAAAACAGUGGUGAGAAGUCAGAUGUUCAGGGGUCUCAGACCAACCGUUCCCCACCUGGAGUUCUUUUCUCUCCCUUUCUGUUCCGGUGCCAACAGGCCAGCAUUUACUUCUUCACAGGAUGUACAGCUAUUUGUGAGUGACGUUUGUCUCUCCCAAGAUCUCAGAGCUAUUUUACCUUCAUGUCGACUUGAAAGGUAGGUAAGGUUGAAAAUCAGUGACCUAGAAAAGGUGAUCCAGUUGCAGAAAGUAGAUUUUCCACACCUGGUCCCAAUGCUACAGCAAUUAAAUAAAAUCAAUUGAAUAAAUAAAUGUUGCCAUCUUCUGUUUCUCCCUUUCCCUCAAUUGGCAAUAUAUGGACCUCGUGUGGCAAGAAAGGGAGCCGUUGGACUGACGUUGAAACUGAGGUCCAAACCAGAUCAGAUGAGGUGAGUUCUGAGUUCCUGGUUCUUUUUAAAUGCAAUUAUCAGGUGCAGGGGCCUGAUGUUAGUCGGAAGGAUGGCGUUCAAUGACUAGGAGAAGUAAACCUUCCAUCGUAUUCAGUUUUCCCUGCCCUGAGGGACCCAGAGAGCCCAUCAUUUGAACGUUUGUCAAUAUGCCGCAACUAUAAAAAACAUUAUUUACAUGUUCAGUACUUUCUACAGUAGAAGAAAAGAACCGGCAAAGCUGUUUUGGCAGACGGGAGACAUGAAAACCUGUGUCUUCAGAACGAAACGCCAGUUUCUCGAACUUGCAGUUUUCAUCACUUCUCUCCCUUUCACCGAGAAGUUUAAUUUCAGUUUAAAUCACUCCCCCGACCCCCCCAAAAAGGUUAAUGUUUUGGAAGAAAAAAUUAUAUUUGAAGAAUGAUAUUAACCUACUUUUAACAAAAGCACCACAACCGUGUACCAUCUUAUGCUUUUAAUAAUAAAAAUUGUCAA